CGCGCGCAAUUCGACAGCGGCCGUCUUUUCUUCACCGGCGAUUUCUCCCAUCUUCUCUGUAAUAAUCCCAUCAAAAACUUCGAUCUCUUCUUCGAUUGGAUACUCCCGAUCGAAGGCGCUGUUGAAGGAGAUCAUGAAAGUCAAGAUUCUGAGUAUCCAAUAAAUGUCAUAUCGUUUUAUGGCUUCUCUUUUACGGAGUAUUGAAUAUGUUAGAAUUCAAGUUUUGAUUUUUUUAGCAAAUGAGAUUUGCUCUGCAUAUGAUUAUAUACACUGUGUGGUUGAUCAUGACUGUUCGACUAUCCACUUAUAUUGAGAUAUUAUUUGUUUUUCAAGAUGAAUUCUCAUUUUGUCUAUCUUUGUCUUAUAUUUGGAUUCGAGAUUAUGAUAGGUAGGAGAAUUUCUUUCUCUUUUUUGUUCUAAAAAUGAAAUUUGUAGACUGAAAUCGUACAUUGCAUUCAUUGACUGGGUAUAUGAAUUGCACGUUUUAACUUAGGUCUUGAAUUUACAUUAGUCCCAUUUGGUUGGGCUCAAUGACACCGUGCCCUCCGUCCCAAAAUGAAGUGCCUGGGUUGUGAAUUUAUAUGGAGUAUAUUUUAAAACUACAUUAGAAGAUCUGCAAAAAGGUGGCAUGGCUGUAAAUUUGACCGAAUAAGUAACAAAAAGAGGCAAACAAAGUGGAUAAAGUUUGUCGUUGUGAAUAGUUAAUGAGAACUUCAAUUUAGUUCAGACUUCAGAGGGAGUACUUCAGAUGCACUUCUUAUUGGAACCUUCAAAAAAUGAAUAGUGAAAUAAAAAAAUCAAGAACUAUUUUCGUUGUAGCUACUUUAAAAAUAUCACAAGAUGUCGAUAUGUCAAUGAGGUGAGAUAUUUGCUCAUCACGUUUCAUUACAAAUUAAUUACUCCUUAUUUUGCUAUCUGUUCUUGAAAAGAGUACAUUGGUUGCAAUAAUGUUUUCUAGUACUACGGAGUAUUAGAAUACAUUUGAUUUCUUAAGAUGCAUUUACUUUUCAUUGCAAUAAUGUUUACUUCAGAUUGUUGUUGUGUACAUUAUAGACUACUCCGUAUUAUUGUUGUUGCAUUAUAUUUUUGUUGGUUCAUAUUUUAGAGUUGCUCUCUGUUACUUGAAUGCACACAUGGAUUGAUGGAUAAUUAAAAUACUACUUGAGAUUCCAUAAGUUCAUAGCAUUUUAUGAUAUAAACUCAAUUGUUGUUUUUGUGAAACAAGUUUACCCUUGACCAUAAAUUUUGCAAUGUGCUAUUGGACGCUGCAAAAAGAAUGGCAUGCUGUUGCCUCAUGGACAUGGGAUGCACAGGAUGAAACUUGUGGGAUAUGUAGAAUGGCGUUUGAUGGCUGCUGUCCUGAUUGUAAAAUCCCCGGGGAUGAUUGCCCAUUAAUUUGGGGAGCUUGCAACCAUGCAUUUCAUCUCCAUUGCAUCUUGAAAUGGGUGAAUUCGCAAACUUCUCAAGCUCAUUGCCCUAUGUGCCGAAGGGAAUGGCAAUACAAAGGAUGAUGAUGAAUUGAUGACAAACUUUGUUUUCUCAACACAUUUUCUAACUUCUGGGUACGUCUCUGUUUUCUUUAAUUGCUGUGGCAAUGAGGCGACUAAGAUUAGUUGGACAAACGUAGCGUGUUAUCAAAUUGAUAGUUGUACACUUAAUGCAGAAGUGAAAGACCAAAUAUGGAAAUGAUCUUCUCAAAUUCAAACAUUUAUUGAAUUGUGGAACAAAAAUUGGUAUUUUUU